CAUUUUAGUUAGAGAACGAUAUUAGCAUAUUGUUUUAGUUAUUUAUUGUGUGUUGACCAUUUAUUGAUUAGUAUAUUUUAUGAACCCCUUUUCAAAUUAUGAUGAAUUAUUCUAGUACUUGUGAUGAUAGGUUAAUUUCAUGGCAGUUGAGGAUUUUGUAGUUUGAGUUCAAAGAAUGAUGGGAAGUUGUAGUGACAGUGAAGAAGAACGUUUCUUUGAUAGCCAUGAUAACAUCACUUCUGUCUCUGAUUUGUAUUCUGAUUCCAAUGAGGCGUGCACUCGUGAAGGGGGUGAUGAGUGUGUUUUAGGAUAUGAGUUUUGGAAUAAGGAUUUGGAAAGUGUUGAUGAGCGUCGUGAUAGAUUUUUGAAAUGGAUAGGUUCGAAUUCGAGUUGGGUCAGACCUGAUGUACAUGAACAGGGUGAUGUAAAUAGAAUUAGGGAUAGCGUUGAGACCGUGCUGGCGAAUUCAGAUUCUAGAAACAGUUAUUUCUUAGGUCGGUCUUCUCACUCUUCCCAGUCUAAUGAAGCUUUGGAAUUGGAGGAUGAUGAUGAUGCAACAAAGGCAAGAUUGCAUUGCAAAAUUAGGAAUUUGGACAGCGGAGUAGAGUUUGUUGUGGAUGAAUUUGGUGGGGAUGGUAUACUUAGCCAAGUACGUGAAGUAGGUUCGAACAGGUUGUUCACUGCUGAAGAAUUUCAGAGAACUCUUGGGUCAUCGCCUUUGGUUCAGAAGCUUCUGCGGAGAGUACCAGAUGGAAUUAAUACAGUUGAUGCUAAGACAAAAACUAAAAAGAGUUGGCUUCAAAAGUUCACUGUUGCAACCCAUAAUAAGGUGAGGUCAAUAGGAGACAAAGUGAAGGCUAAGGAUUCCAAUUUGAAGCCAGGAAAUCAUAUUCAUAGAGUUCGGGUCCACACUUAUAGUAAGGAGUCAAAAGAACUGUCCUCACUUUACACAGGGCAAGAGUUCUUAGCACAUGAGGGCUCAAUCUCAACAAUGAAGUUUAGUCCUUGUGGCCAAUAUCUAGCAAGUGCCGGCAAAGAUGGCAUGGUGCGCAUUUGGAAGGUGAUUGCAGAUGAAAUUCCAAGUAACUUGAAUGUUCAGGAUAGCCACCCAUCUUGUUUAUAUUUCUCACUGACUCAUAUGUCAAAACUAGCUUCUUUGAACGACAAUAGAGAGAAAAUUAAUGGGUCAAAAAUCAUGAAAAAGUCGUCGGAAUCAGCUUGUGUCGUAUUCCUGCCAAAGAUUUUCCGGAUAUUGGAGAAGCCAUUGCAUGAGUUCCAUGAACACAAGGGUGAGUUCUUGGUCCUUUCAUGGUCCAAAAAUGGGUAUCUGCUGUCAUCUUCAGUUGAUAAAACAGCUCGUCUCUGGCAAGUAGGGCACGAUCAAUGCUUUGGCGUUUAUUCACAUAAUAAUUAUGUCACUUGUGUAGAAUUCAAUCCAGCGGAUGAUAACUUUUUCAUUAGUGGUUCAAUAGAUGGGAAAGUACGUUUCUGGGAGGUGCAUGGUUGCCGAGUAAUUGAUUGGACUGAUGUAAAAGAAAUAGUGAUUGUUGUAUGUUAUUGUCCCGAUGGAAAGGGGGCGUUGUGGGGUCCAUGGAUGGCAACUGUCAUUUUUAUGAUGUAGUAGAUACGGACGCAUAUUUGUUUCUGAAUCUUCUCUUUUUCCUCUUUUACUUUUGCCUCUCAUGGGGUCUAAACUCUUAUUCUCUCUCUCUCUCUAUCUCUCUCUAUCUCACACACACACACACAAAAAAAAAUUCAUUGUUGAGGGUGCCUCCAACUGCAACUUAGACUUGCCCUUUGUAAGAUUUAGGUAUAUUCCCGAAAAAAUUAUUGUUACUCCUGCUUGCAUAGGAUGGGGGUUCUAACUUUUUCACGUAGUGUAGCUUCAACAUAGAUUAGACAGCUAAAUGGUUGAAAGCUAGUUUGUUAGUUUCUGCUUGUUUCAAUCUACUCUCUUCGGCAUUUGACACUGUACUAUCAUUCCUUUGCAUUAGGUAAUCGAUUGCAUAUUUGCUGCAUUUCCAGGAAUCCGAAAUUCUGGAAGCCAAUUUCCUGCAUCUUUCACCUCAGACGGGAAACACAUUCUCGCAGUUACUGAGGAUUCAAAUGUUCAUAUCUGGAACUACACUAACCAGGGUCGGACAACUACAAACAAACCAAAACAUGUCCGGUCAUCAGAGAGUUUCUUUUCCAACAAUGCAUCAGUUGUCAUACCUUGGUGCGGGUUCAAAACCAAUCCGGGAAUAUUACCUACAAGCGUUUUAGAAAAUGGUAAUGUCAACGAGAACUCGCUGCCAAAGACUUCAGAUUGUUUUUCCCUGGGGUGUGCAUUUUUCUUAGACUCUCUAUCUAAGGGCACCGUGACAUGGCCAGAGGAGAAGCUGCCUAAUUCGAGCCCAGUAACCGUCACCCCUUCAGUCUGCAAAUCUGAGUACAAGUUCUUGAAAAGUGCUUGGCAAGGUGCAUUAAGCUCUCCUCAUUUAUGGGGUCUUCUUGUUGUCACUGCUGGAUGGGAUGGAUGUAUUAGAACAUUUCUCAAUUAUGGGUUACCAAUUUGUUUUUGAAAUCUGGUUUUGUUUGUAAAUUAAUAGCAAUUCUUGGCUUUGUCACCAAAAUGGUGCAAAGGGGAGAAGAUCCUUGCUCCUUAGGUUACUAGUAUAGGAUUGGAGGGGCAUAUUACACUUAAUACAAGUUGUAAUAGUCUUGAUCAGUCAAUUGGCUUAUAUAUAUUCUUUUAUUUGUUUGGAAGAAAUGUUGGAUAUUUG